AUGUCCAUCACCACCAUGUCCGAGUACGACGCUACUGCCGCCAACCUCGCCGCCGAGAAGCAGCUCCAGUCGUCGUUGCUCCGCAUCGCCAUCAUCUGCGCCUCGUCCAUCCAGUCGCUGCGCGAACCCGUCCAGCCCACAAUCCUCGCUGCUGACGACGACGACGCCGCCUCCUCAUCGUCGUCCAAGCCACCCGCCGCACACACUCUCGCCGCACAGAUCGUCUCGGAUCUCUCCCAGCUCCUCACCCUCGUUCAGAAGCACUCCACCAACCUCGCCCUUGCCCUCAAACCUAGCGCCAAAGCCGCUCCCCCCGCACCCCAUGCCACCGUCUCUCCCGUCUCUGGCCUCGACGCAAAGUCCCUCGAGGCGGCUCAGGCACAGAUCGUAGCGCUCGGCAACGACCUCCUCCCCAAGAUCGUCUUCCUCGCAAAGAAGACGUGGAAGGACCGCGAGGUCUUCCAGCACCGUCCCAACCACCUCAAAAACGACCCAGCCCAGCUCGAGGAGAGGCGCAAGCUCGAACAGCUCGCAAAAGACAUGGGCGGUCAGCUCAUGUCCGCAGACCAGCUCGGCAUCCCGCCGUCCGAGCGCAACGACCUCGAAAAGAAGAUCGAGUACUCGCUCGGCAACUCGUUCGCACGCGAGAUCCGCUCCGCCGUCGAAGACGUUCUCGGCUCCAUCGCAGAUCUCCUCCAUUCGCUCCUCGACGACCGCGCAUCCAAGGCGCUUGAAACCGCUUCCAACGCACGCGACCGUGCCGACGGCAUCCUCGCCAGCGUCGGCAAGAAGCUCGACAACCUCUCCCUCUCCUCCGGCCCGCGCGACCCCGCAGAGCUGCGCAAGCGCACGCUCGCCGCCAACAACCUCGUCUGGGAGACGUGUGCAAAGUACAUCGGAGAGAGGAAUGCCGACGGCACCCCACGCACCAUCACCUCGGUCGCUCCCAACGGCGUCCGCACAAAGGUCCACGUAAAGGGCCUCAGCAAGUCCAACCUCGAGGCCUCCAAGCGCUCCUGGAACAACCGCAUCGAACUCAUGCGCGACGGCCUCGACGAGCUCAAGCAGGGCAUCGACGCAGAAAACGACCCUCGCGCUGCCGACCUCGCCGCAGACGACGCAGACGAGUUCGCCUUCCCCGCCGCCACCCCGCUCUCCCCACAGCAGAAGGACCGUCUCCGCCAGAUCUCCAACCUCGUCAAGAUCGGCAACCUCGCUCACGAAAACAUCCUCAAGCAGCUCGUCAAGGCACAACCCGCCACCGCCGCCACCAUCGACCUCGACGAGGUUGAAGAAAUCGGAAAGCAGCUCGAAGAGUCCCAGGACGAGCUCGUCGCCGCCUGCCUCUACGGCGAGGUCGACGCCGGCCUCGAGGCACGGAUGUUCGACCACGAUGCUGACGAUGCCGACGACCACCUCAACGGCAACGGCAACGCCAGCGCCAACGACGACGGCGAUGCCGACCUCACCGAGGAGCAGGCCAUCGAAAAGGCCAUCCUGCGCACCCUCGAGCAGUACAUCCAGGCCAUCGUCUCGCUCUCCGCAUACGUCACCGACCGCGACGAGCUGGUAGACAAGGUGCACCUCGCCUGCGCCACCGACGAGACCGGCGACUUUGCACACGUCUUUGCCGCCAAGUUUAACCAGCUCUCCAAGGUGCUCUCCGAGGCCAGCUCCGACAUUGUCAUCCGCGCACCCUCAGCAACCGCUCCCGCUGGCAAGGCCACUCUGCAGCACACGCCCAUCCGCCAGCCCAACGACGAGUUCAAAACCCAAGUCUUUAUCCAGGAGCUCGAGUCCAUCGCCGCCAAGAUCGGCUCGGGCGCAAAGAUCACCGACCGCGCCAUCGCAGAGCACCUCGACAGCGCCGACCCGCUGCGCCCCAUGCGCGACGGCUACAUCCUACCCACCUUCAAGGACGUCUGCAGCCCAGACUACCCAUCCACCUCGGCCGACACCGCGCCGGACGCCGAGUCGCUCUACAUGUGCGGCAACUCGCUCGGCCCGCUCUCGCGCCUCACCAAGCGCUAUCUCGAGCAGGAGAUCGACGCUUGGGGCCGCAAGGCGGUGCUCGGCCACUUUGAGCAUCCCUACGGCACCCCCUGGACCCAGAUGGAGAAGCGCGUCGGCGAGCUCUGCGCCAACAUCGUCGGUGCCAAGCAGCAGGAGGUCGUCGUCAUGGCCACGCUCACGGGCAACCUCCACUCGCUGCUCGCCUCCUUCUAUCGCCCGGCCACGAUGCCGUUUGGCGUCGACUUCAACGGCGACGUUGCCGCCGCAAAGAGCCAGGGCCGCAAGACCAGGCACAAGAUCAUCUUUGAGCAGAAGGCGUUCCCCUCGGACCAGUAUGCGCUCGCCUCGGUCGUCGAACUCAACGGGUUUGACCCGGCCACGUCGCUCGUGCCGCUCGUGCCCAAGCAAGGCACCAAGACGCUCGACACGGCCGACAUCCUCGCCACCAUCGAAAAGUGCGGCAAGGAGGGCGAGACGGCCAUCGUGCUCAUCGGCGGCAUCCAGUACUUUACCGGCCAGCUGUUUGAGCUCGAGAAGCUCGCGGCCAAGGCGCACGAGUACGGCAUCCUGUUUGGUGUGGACCUGGCGCACGCCUUUGCCAAUGUGCCGCUGGCGCUGCACGACUGGGGCAUCGACUUUGCGUGCUGGUGCACGUACAAGUACGGCUCUUCGGGCCCGGGCGGUAUCGCCGGUCUGUUUGUGCACGAGCGCUGGCACGAGCGCCACCUCGCGCGCCAGGCGGGCUGGUGGGGCCACGAGAAGGAGACGCGCUUCUCCAUGCCGGACCGCUUUGUGCCGACGCGCGGCGCCGAGGGCUGGCAGGUGUCGAACCCGUCCAUGCUCGACAUGGCCGCGCUCAAGGGCAGUCUCGAGACGCUGCUCAAGGCGGCGGAGUACGGCGAGCGCAACGCACGCGACGAGGGCGCCGGCCAAGGCAAGGUGGGCAGGGGCAGCGUCAUGCCCAUCCUGCGCAGCAAGAGCCUCAGGCUCACAGCGUACCUCGAGGCGCUGCUGCUCGAGCCGGGCUUCUUCCCGGACGGAUUCGACAUCCGCGUGGUGACGCCGCGCGAUCCGCUGCAGCGCGGCUCUCAGCUGUGCAUCCAGAUCCCCGACCCGCCCGCCGCGGUCGCCAAGCGCGAGGCCGAGGAGAAGGCGCAGCGCGAGCAGGCGCAGAGCGCAAAGUCGAGCGGCAAGGAGGUGCCUCCGCCCAUCGACGGCAAGCGGCUCAUCGCCAGGGCGCACAGGCGCGCCGAGAAGCAGCGCGGCCUCGUCGCCGACAUCCGUGCGCCCGACAUGCUCAGGUUGGCGCCGCUCGCGCAGUUCUCGACGUUCACCGACGUCUGGAGGACCGCCGACGUGCUCAGGCAGAGUCUGCUCGACGAGGUGCAGGCGGAUCAGAAGGCCUAG